CGUAAAGUAAACUUUGUCUAUGUUCCGUAUUCUUCGAGCAUUUUGUCUUUUGAAUUGCCUGAAGGUGGAUGGCAUGGUGCUAGGUUGCUGCAAGCCAUUUUUGUGAGUGAUUGGCCUUCUUUUGUAGAGGAUGAUGGGUUCUCUGCAUCAAAUCACAUCUACUCUGCCGGUGUUGCUUUAUCUUGA